GGACGAACUCAUAAGUGUAUGAUGAACCUUCUGCCAGUUGGUACCAGCGCUGUUCGGUUUGGGCUCCAAAUCGGUCACUUGGUUACUGGGUUCGUUAGAACACUGCUAGUCACUUACGGUACAGCCUAGCGCCACCAUUUACAGAAAAGCUCACGAGCGAUGCCGUGAACGAUGAUAAAGGCAUAUAAAGGCAGACUGGUAAGCCUAUUGCAGAUGCGGCAGCCAGCUACAGCGCUCUACGGGACAGCUUUCGGACAGUAUCUCUUCUACUUGCGAUCUUUUCCGCACGAUUCACGAAAACUCAAAUUGUUUAUAACAAUGGCCUUUUGUUUGGAAACAAUUCACGAAUACUCAUUGUCAGGGAUAUACUGGUCUAUCCUUAUUUCGUGCCGUCGUAGCAUGUCCCUCGAGUGCACCUCUCAACUUCUGUGGUGGCAGGUACUGCUCGCCGUACUUACGGCAUAUUGUAUUAUUUUCGCCGUUCAGUGUUUUUAUGUAUGCAGGGUGUGGAUCAUCACAGCACAAAAUCGCUGGAUAACAGGCAUUAUUUGUGGACUCGCCACUGUAUCAUUCGUGUGUGGCAUGAUCCUAAGUGGUUUAAUAUUCAACACGCGAAAGCCUGAUGAUCUAUUCUAUACGAAGUGGUCGCAAUUAGCGGCCUUUACCAGUGCAUUAUGCGAUGCUGUCACUACAGGGACAGUCUGGUGGUUUUUGCGACCGGCACGAACAGACAACAUUCGUUCGAGGUCGAGGAGUUAUCUCAAUGAAUUGUUGCGUGUUUUUAUUCAAAUGGGAUUGUUUUCCUUUCUUGUGGCGACUACCCUAGCUGUGCUCUAUCAGUUCCAGGAGGGUCUUAUUGGCCGAUUUUAUUCCGCUGCACCUGGUGCGGUGAUAGGAAACUCCUAUAUGAACUCAAUGCUCGCAGUGCUCAAUGCCAGGAAGUCCGUCCGCGAACGGGAACAACUUUCACGCAACAAUUCGGAGCUUCCCACGAUACCUACAAUACAUUGAUUUGUUUUUCAAUUCUGCUGGUACUGGACGUAUGUUCUUUGGUCAGCAUAUGUCAUAUGGGGGCCGUGCCAUCUAUCCUAGCUUUAAUCGUUAAUAGUAAUCGGCGCUGCAUUCACGGACUACGAGCAUGUCGUCGCGUACAGAGAAU